AUGUUCUCGGGACUCGCCGCCCUUCUACUGCUCUUCUUCCUCCUCCACUUCUUCACCUUCUUCCGUCGCCUUCUCGCCUCGCGCAUGUACAUGAAUGACCCCCAUGCUCCCCACAAGCCCAUGGCCCGGCCAUUCGACUGGGUCGUGCCUGUAUUGAAGGCCACGGAAGCGGAUAUUAUCGAGUGUGCAGGGCUCGAUGCGGCGGUGUAUUUGAGAAUGUUCCAGUUCAGUAUACAGCUGUUCGGGGUGUUGAGCCUGCUUUGCCUGCCGGUGCUUCUGCCGCUUAACGCGGUGAGCAGCCUCAUGCUGUAUGCGGUGUCUAUAACAACGUUUCUGAUCAUCUGGUGGACGUACCGCCACGUGUGGGGGCUGAGGCACGACUACCUGGCGUCAAGAGCCAAGGUGCUGCAUCCCGAGGAGUAUGUGGUGCUCGUCACUGAUGUGCCGCAGCCGCCGAAGCUGAGGCAGGAGUCCAGUGUGGGGCUGUUUGCGCCCAAGGAAGGCGUUGUCCCGACAGUGAAGCUGAGCAAGCCAGCAGUACGGCGCCUAUUCACCCUGCUGCGCAUCUGCACCAUGGGCGCUGUGCAGCCCCCACAGCGCGCCGACUGCUCGUCCGCGUCUGCGGUGGCGGACUCCCAGUUCGUGGACCGCUUCUUCUCGCGCCUCUACCCCGACUCCUACCUCAACAACCAGGGCGUCGCCAGCUACGGCAAGGUCAUGCGCGCGUACGCGCGCUGGCGCCACGCGGUCCAGAUGCUGGACCGCACGCGGUUCCGGUACCAGCAGAGUCUGGAGCGGAACUGCCAGCGCAAGAACCCCAGGCCGGAGGAGGAGCUCGUGCCGAUGAGACGCGAUGGGCUGCUGCGCCAGGUAUGUGCUCUCUCCUCUCUCGAAUGGACCUUUAGUGUCAAGGUCUCUCUCAAACGGUCUCUCCUUCUCCCCUUCCCCCUUCUUCCCGCUGUUCCCCUCCCCUGCACGCCCCCUCUCCGCCUCCCUCCUCCUCACCAGUAUCUGUUUUCCAGGCUUUGGGAGCCGAGCAUUACGUACUGGAUUCGCCAGGUGGAGGACGCCAGCAAGGCGCUCAAAGAGGCGCAGAGAACCGCCUCCGCACGCCGCCUGAAGCCUUUGCUGCAUUUCUCAAGUGGGGUUGCUGCACUGCUCUCCACCACCAGUGCCAUCCCCUGCAGACUCCCCUCACCUUCCGUCCUCUUCCCUUCGCUCCGUUCCCCCUCCCAGACUCCCCUUCGCCUCACACCCUCUCCCCCCUCUGCCGCACUCCCUCUCCUCUUUGCCCCCAGGCGCACAGGCGCAGCCUUUGUGGCGUUCCGGAAGCGGCGCUCCUCAGCCGUGGCAGUGCAAACAGCCCACGCACUGCAGGGCUCCGCGUGGCUGGUGCACCGCGCGCCCGAGCCACGGGACGUGGUGUGGCAGAACCUGGAGCCGCGGUUCUGGGAGCGGCGCAUCCGCACGCAGGUGGCCAACGGCAUCUUUGUGUGCUCUGUGGUCUUCUUCUACCUGCCUGUCACCGCCGCCAGCUUCCUCAUCUCCUUUGACACGCUCGCUGCUAUCUUCCCGCCGCUCAAGGAUAUUGAUCAGAACGGGUGGCUGUACAAGGGGCUGACGCUCAUCCUGCCAGCGGUGGGGCUGCGUGUGUGCUACUGGAUAGCGCCACCGCUCAUGGUCAUGCUCUCCUACAUGCAGGGCUGCCUCUCCACCUCCGCUGCUGAGCGCCUCGCAGCCGAGCGCUUCUACUACAUCCUGCUCUGCAACAUCUUCUUUGGCUUCUUCUUCACUACCUCCGUGCUACAGCAGAUUCAGCUCCUCCUGGAGCAGCCAUCAUACGUGCUGGAGAUCCUGGGAAAGUCGGUGCCGAGCACGUCGGGGUUCUACCUGUCGUACGUGAUGACCUCCACCAUCAUCUUUGGCGUCGAGCUGCUGCGCCUGCCCCUCGCGCUCUUCAUCUACCUCUUCCGCGUGCUCUUCACUGGGGUUGCGAUUGCCGACCGCGAAAAGCUCUGGAACCAGGGCGGCAUCAACUACCACAUCUUCUUUCCGUACCAGAACCUGGUGAUCACCAUCGGGCUUGUCUAUGCAGUCAUCGCCCCCAUCAUCCUGCCCUUUGUCUGCUUCUACUCCUGCAUUGGCUACCUCGUGUGGAAGCACCAGAUCAUGUACGUGUACUCGUACCCAUACCAGACGGGAGGGCUGCUGUGGAUCAAGUUCGUGGGGCAUGUGAACGCGGCUCUCAUCAUCGCGCAGGUGACGGUGAUCGGAAUCUUUGUCAUCAAGCAGGCGUACCUGCCAGCAGCAGCAGCAGCGCCGCUACCCUUUGUGACCUUCUACUUCAUGGCGCUCAUACACGCCAAGUUCACCAACACCUUCCAGUUCCUCCCGUUGGAGCUAGCUGUCGAUGUGGACGAGUACAAUCAGAGCAAUGACAUGAUGCAACGUAUGGACGACAUGGCACCCGAGUACAUGCCCUUCUGCAUGCGCCCUCUGCACAACCCAGACCUGUCCCCGGACGCACCCCCCUCGGACAACAUUCACCAGAUCAUCAACCCGGAUUUCUAUGUGUCGCCGCUGGAAGCUUCGAUGGUGGAGGAGAGGAAGCUGUCUGUGAUUGCACACUCCAUGUCCCUCCGCCGGGGGAAAGGGUCCGAGUCGUUUGGCGAGGUGGAUGCUGGUGGCGCAAGUAGGGAUGGUGCUGCUGACUAUAUGGUCGGGCGUGGCGCAGGUGAUGGUGGUGGGGAUGGGGAUAUGGAGGGAGAGAGAGAUGGAGUGGCGGCGGCUGGGGAGGGAGUGGAGGGGAGGGAGGGAGGGUGGAGGUGGGGUGUUGUGCUGGCACGAGUGCCACUGCUGGCCUGGCUGGGCCGGGGGCUGUCUAAAGCAAGUGCUCGUGGAGCAGAGCAGGAGGGUGGUGAUGCUGACCUGAGUGCCGCUGCUGGUGCUGUUGUUGUUGCUGGUGCUGUUGGUGCAGUUGGUGCUGCUAGUGCUGCUGGUGCGGGUGGUGGAAGCGAGGAAGGAAAAGGAGGGUUGCGUGUACCAAAUGGCACAGCAGGACAUGCUGUUGCUAAUGGUGUGGCUGGGGACUCGGGAGCUGGCCUGUUGAAUGGUGAAAAGGCAGACAUGGUAGGAAGAGUGGAAGGUGUAGUGGAAGGGACAGGAGAGGAGGAGGACGGCAGUGGAGAGCAGGUAGGAGGUGAGGAGGAGGGUGAGAACGGUCCUCUGUUGCGGCAUUCGGAGGGGCAUGGGCAUGGGCAUGGGCAUGGGUAUGGUACAGGAGCUUCUUGUUUGUGUGUUCCUAUAGUGGGCCAUGUGCUUGACACAAGUGGGCAUGGGACGGAUGGAGGGGGGCCCACAGCGGAUGGGUCGAGCGGAGUAGACGUAGAGAAAAUGCCCAUGAUUGAGAACGGUGAAAAGGACGUCUUCAGUUGUGCUGGGGAGCUGGGUGCUGGGGCCAGUAGGGAACGAGAGAUGGAUGGGAGGGAAGAGGGGAAAGAUAAGGACGGGAAGAAGGAUGGUGAGAGGGUGCUGUGCGAUCACAGCAGUCGGGCUGAAAUGCGCAGUGCGGAUGCUGAUGGGGAUACUGCUGCUGGGGAGACGGCUGCUGGUGGCACCGCAAUUGGUGACACAUGCACUGGUGCUGGUGGCACUCCCGUGGGCGGGACAAAUGCUGGCAACAGUGAUGGGGUUGCUGAUCAUGCCGUUGAGGUUGCUACUGGUGUUCAUGUCGUUGCUGCAUCCAGUGAGAGCGCCACACAGAGCUGA